AUGGGAGGCCACGAAGGUCUCAGCACUCAACGCCUCUCCUCGGCCACAUGGUUUUCGCAAUUCUGUGCUUCUGCUCGUCGGUCUAAAUCAUUGGCUCCGCCGUCCUCCCCCGGCGACUCUUUGGUUCGCCGCCUCGGUCUUUUCGACCUCAUACUGUUGGGAGUCGGCGCUUCCAUUGGCGCCGGUGUCUUCGUCGUUACCGGAACCGUCGCUCGGGACGCUGGACCCGGCGUGACGAUCAGUUUCUUGCUAGCUGGGGCUUCUUGCGUGCUCAACGCCCUCUGCUAUGCUGAGCUUGCGUCUCGUUUCCCGGCAGUUGUCGGGGGAGCUUACAUGUACUCGUAUUCUGCUUUCAACGAAAUCACGGCUUUUCUUGUUUUCGUGCAACUCAUGCUUGAUUAUCAUAUCGGCGCUGCUAGUAUCUCCCGUAGCUUGGCAAGCUAUGCAGUUGCUCUUCUUGAGCUUUUUCCACCUCUCAAUGGCACUCUUCCUCUCUGGAUGGGUAGCGGCCAAGACUUGUUCGGAGGGAUUCUCUCUUUGAAUCUUUUGGCUCCGAUUCUACUUGCCCUCUUGACCCUUGUUCUAUGCCAGGGUGUGCGAGAAUCUUCCGCUGUCAACUCCGUUAUGACUGCUACCAAGGUAGUGAUCGUUCUCGUUGUGAUUUGUGCCGGUGCUUUUGAUAUUGAUGUAGCAAACUGGUCUCCUUUUGCUCCAAAUGGUUUUAAAGCAGUACUCACUGGAGCUACUGUAGUGUUCUUUUCAUAUGUUGGUUUUGACGCAGUUGCUAAUUCUGCUGAAGAAUCAAAGAACCCUCAGCGUGACCUCCCAAUAGGAAUUAUGGGGAGCCUUCUCGUAUGUAUCACAUUGUAUAUUGGCGUAUGUUUAGUGCUCACUGGGAUGGUCCCUUUUAGUCUCCUCAGUGAAGAUGCUCCUUUAGCUGAAGCCUUUUCAUCAAAGGGGAUGAAGUUCGUCUCAGUCUUAAUCAGUAUUGGUGCUGUUGCUGGACUCACAACAACUCUGCUAGUUGGUCUUUAUGUUCAGUCCAGGUUAUAUCUGGGACUUGGAAGGGAUGGACUAUUGCCUUCAAUCUUUUCCAGAAUACACCCAACGCUUCAUACACCUCUUCACUCUCAAAUCUGGUGUGGCAUUGUUGCUGCCGUUUUAGCUGGCAUAUUUAAUGUACAUAGUCUAUCCCAUAUCCUGUCCGUUGGUACAUUGACGGGGUAUUCAGUUGUUGCGGCUUGUGUUGUGGCUUUGAGAUUGAAUGAUAAGAAAGAAAGGGAGCUGUCCAGUGGGUGGACAUCAAGUUGGGAGGAAGGUGUCAUUUGCCUUGUUAUAAUUGCAUGCAGUGGUUUUGGUGCUGGCGUAUUUUACCGGUUCAGUGCUUCAAUUAUAUUUCUUCUCCUCUCAGUUGGUGUGGCAGUUAUUGCUGCAGCAGUUCUUCAUUAUCGCCAAGCUUAUGCUCAGUCUCCCGGUUCUGGGUUUUGCUGUCCUGGUGUACCCAUUGUGCCAUGCGUUUGCAUUUUCUUCAACAUCUUCUUAUUUGCUCAGUUGCAUUACGAAGCGUGGAUAAGAUUUGUUGUUGUCAGUGUGCUCGCAACUGGACUUUAUGCCUUGUACGGGCAGUACCAUGCAGAUACAAGCACAUUGAUGUAUCAGAGGGCCCCUGAAACUGAAAGUGACUCUGGGUAA